AUGUCGGACCAAUUGUUCCUCUUGACCAUCCCAGAUUUCUGCCCCUGGAAACCAGCUGUAUUGAAUGCCAUAGCAUACUCAUGGCUCGAGAAUCUCGAAAGCCCGGACUUUCCCUAUAACUUACCAAUACAAAAAUACACACAGACCGAGGUCGGCGUGCGACUUGAGCGUGUCUCGUGCUUGCUGGACCGACUUUCCCGUGGCCUUCUCGAAAUGUCCCGAAAACGCAGUGGUGGAGUAGAUGGAAAUGAUUACUUCAGCUACGAAAUAGGAUUUCUUCAUCGGAGUGUACGAGAGUAUAUUUCGAAUACUCGGGAAUUACAACUGCGAGAUCAUGGGCCAGCAUUUGAUGCCUAUUCUGGCAUAUUCCGUUUACAGCUUACGGAAUUCAAAUUCGCGCUGUCCACAUCUGACGACACCGACCUAGAGACAUGGGUGGAACGUGCUGGAGAAGGCGGUGUUUUAAGAGCAAAGCUCGAUGAUCUUCUUCUCAUGCUAGCUUGGGCCAACUCAAUUGGGAAGUAUGAUAUACCCUCGCGCUUUCUCGAGGAGAUUGGUCAUAUUGUUGAGGAGUAUUCUCGAAUGGUUCGUACAAGAAGACAAGAUCUUCCGGAAAAUAACACCCAAGCUUUCAAAGGCCACAGAAUAUGGGGUACUAAUCGCCAGCAUUCCUUCCAUCGCGCAUGGCGUCGAAGAGAGUCACAACAUCCGCCCGACCUUUUAUGCGACUUGGUAUACUGUUUUAUAGACUUGCAAUGUCUCUCUUCUGCUUCGUUAGGACGCCUGAAACAGCAGAAUUCUACUUCUGGCCCGAACCUGCUACUUGUAGCCGCUAUAUCUUUCAGAUCAGAACUCGUUGAACAGCUUCUCCUUGAGGGAAGAAGUCCCAAAGAAAUGGUUCUCAUGGAGCCGAUCCGACCCGCUGCCAACGAUUUCAGAGUUCAACCCAUAACAAUUCCAGCUAAAACAGUUUCACAGUCUGUGUGGUUGAUAUUUCUGUUCAAUGCUGUGGAACAAUUUAUCUGGAGAGGUUACGCUGAUGUCUCGGACGGUCGAUGUUUUGAGGAGUUUUUAAAGUACAACGUCCAUGGAGAUGUCCUUUUUGUCCUGAGAAUAUUCCCGCCGUCCAAAGAGAUGAAGGAUGCAGGCUACCACCAUGAUCCUUGGGGAAACGAGAGAGAAUCAGAUGAUAGGGUCGUAUUCGAUCUUCUUGAAUAUCUUGAGGUGGCGAAACCGACCAAUUUGAAGGCCAUUCGAACGAGGCUUUCCUGCAGGACAGGCCCAGAAAAUCAACAUGAAGUGACACUUAUUAGCGGGCCUCCCAUCAUUCAUCGUCAUGGGGAUCUUUCGAAGGCCCUUGCAGCAGCGGAUGAGAAAAGGCUCACAGACAGCUCAAUCUAUCCCGGGACAGUAGCUCUGUCUUGA